AUGGUGAUCCCCAGUCUCCCAUGGGAAAUGGAAUGCGAAAUACUUUCUAGGGUUCCACCCACAUCUGUAAAACGUUUGCAGUUAACUUGCAAACGAUGGUAUGCUUUAUUCAAAGAUCAGAGAUUUAUCAACAACCACCUGCGCAAAUCAGAAACGCAGAUGGUCUUACUGAAUGAUGAGUCGGUUUAUUCAUUCAGCUUCAAUUUCCAUGGCAUCAACAAUUGGUAUGGUCGCUUUAUUGAUUGUACAGGUAAACUUAAGAGCCUAAAGUAUUCAGAAAAAGUCAAGGUAUCUGAAAUCUUCCACUGUGAAGGGUUAUUGUUAUGCACCACCACAGACAAUAGUCUCGUGGUUUGGAACCCUUGCACUGGUCAAACCAGGUGGAUCCAAUCCAGGCAAUCUAGUAACCGUUACACCAAGUAUAAGUAUUUUCUAGGAUACGAAAAUGAGAACAAAUCACGUGACAGCUUGAAAAUCUUGGAGCUUAGCUAUAAUCUUGGAGUUUGGAAGUUUGAAAUAUAUGAGUUUAACUCUGAUUCAUGGAGGGUUCUUGAUACCGAUUCUGUUAAUUUUGGAAUAUUAUCAUCUCUUGGUGUUUCUUUAAAGGGAAAUACUUACUGGUUAGUUUAUGAUCUGGUUAGUUUCAUACUCAGAUUUGAUUUCACAACAGAGAGAUUUGGACAUCUAUCUCUUCCUCGUCAGAGUGAUGAUGAUUAUGAUGCGGGUGUAGUUCUAUCAGUUGUCAGGGAAGAGAAACUUGCGUUGUUAUUUCAGAACUCUGCUCGUUCUAGUCAGGUGAAGAUAUGGGUGACCAAUACUAAGGCUGAUGAGACCAAAUACUUUUCAUGGAGUGAAUUUUCUUUCAGCACCGUUUGUUUGACCAGGGUGAUGAGUUUCUUGGUGGACGAGGAGAAUAAAUGGGUCUUGUUGUGUCAUCAAGACUAUAUAGAUCAAGAGAGGACCAUAAUUUCCGUUGCUGGGGAAAAUAUAUAUGGAACAGUCGUCUAUAAAGAUUGUAAGGAAACUCACUAUGAUAGGAGCAGGCAACGCCCUAGUUCACUUCUCCUCAGUUAUGUUCCAAGUUUGGUCCAAAUUCCUGCAAAGCAGAGUACUCCUGGUGGCAAACGAAAAAGUUGAUUCAGUUACCUUUGUUUCUUUGAGCGAGAUUAGUCAACUAUUAACUAGGGUUAUUUUGUUUGGUUAAUAAACAUACUAGCUGGAUCUUUGUUUUCGUUUCUUUUUAUUUUCUUUCUUUUCGGAAAAAGUCGAAGAUUUUGGUGAUCUUUCUCAAACAUCAGCAGCUCGUGCUGUUAGAGGUGUUGAUAGUACAAGAGGUCCAGCCUCACCGAAGUGUUGAAUCAGAGGUCCCAUAGGAAGCCAGCUAUCAUCACCGAAGGGUCCCAUAGGCCAUGCCAUUAGCAGGACUUUAAUUAAUGUAAUUUAGGAAUUUUCGAAAAGUUAAGAGAGA